AUGUUAUGGCAGUGCAGUCAGUUAACAGCCACCUAUCUGCAACAUCCCACGCAAGAGAAGGUCACACUUGUAAACAGCGCCAGGCUUCCAUUUCCAGCCAUCACUUUUUGCAAUCUUAAUCGUGCUCGCAUGUCCCAGCUUAAUUCUUCAGGAUACAAGGCUCUAACUGACCAGUUGUCAUUAACAUCAGGUCAUGAAUGGGAACAUAGUUUACCCAGUAACGCAAGGGAAAGAAACUUUGCUUUUGCCUUGUCACAGCUAAGUAACCAGGAACAGAUGGUUUUAGGACACCGGCUCGAAGAUAUGCUUAUUUCCUGUGUCUUCCAUGAUGAGUCCUGCAAUGAAAGCUUCUUUACUCCUUUCUUAAAUCCCAAGCUCGGGAACUGCUAUACUUUCAAUGGACCAAGAAAUCAGUCUGCAAGAAAGGAAGUUGAGGUCCUAAAUGCUACUAAGGCUGGCUUCAGUUAUGGUCUGACAAUGGAGCUUUUUAUUGAGCAGCAUGAGUAUAUCAGGAGCUUGAGCACAGCUGCUGGACUGAGAGUAGUCUUGCAUGGACAAGGGAAGAUGCCAUUCCCUGAGGAUGAAGGAGUUAAUGUCCCCCCUGGACAGGAGUCAGACAUUGGUGUCGUGAAGGUUCAUGUAAAACGUUUGGAAGAACCUUACAACAGUCGCUGUAGUAGUGGCCAAAAUAUAAAAAACUAUUAUACCGAUGUUUAUGGUACAGACUAUAGUAGAGAGGCUUGUAAAAAGAGCUGUGCUCAGACUAAGAUGAUCAAGAAUUGUGGCUGUAGAAUGUGGGAGUUCCCAGCACCCCUUGAAUUGGAUGUACCUCUGUGUAAUAUCAGCGAGUCCUCAGUGAAUCGUUGUGUGGAGAUGUAUGAAUAUAAACUAUCCCACGACCAACUCAAAUGUCACUGUCCUCUUCAGUGUGAUGAGGAGAUUUUUGAACUUACUCUGUCAUCAUCCCAAUGGCCCAGCAAUACGUACUUGGACAUGUUCUCAAAGCGUCUAAAGAGUAAAAGAGGGUAUCAAGACAAACAAACUAUAAGAGACAAUGUACUGAAGCUUGUGGUCUAUUACCAGCAGCUGAAUUAUGAAAAAAUUGAAGAAGUUCCAUCCAUGCAGCUUGUUGACCUGUUUUCAAGUAUUGGAGGGCUAGUAGGCCUUUGGAUUGGGGUCUCAGUUUGUACAGUGGCCGAGUUUCUAGAACUGAUUUUAAAUAUAUUGACAUUUGUCAUUGUAUGCCUCCCAAGUCGAAAAGAGAAGUCUCCAGAAAAUCCAUACACAAUCUCAAGCCCUCAACUUGAACCUUUCUCACUAGUGCUUUCUACUGAUCAAAGCCUUCUAUUGGAUUCUGUUGAAGAUGUCACCAGUUUGCUCAGUAACAAUGCUGGGGCUGAACAAAGCCUCCAUAACCCCUAUGGGAGCUGUGAAACAUUAAAUGAUUCCAUCUACAAUGUGUAG